AUGUCCCAUAGAGGCUUCGUGGUCGGCCUAGGGCCCGGGCUCCGGGCCCGCUGUGUGCCACGAGCAAACCCCCUCCGCAGUGUCCCAAGAGUUCCAAGGCCAUGGCUCCCACUUUCUCUGGGGCGCAUCGGCCUCGGUUUGCGCUUCAACUCGACAAAUGACAAGCUAGUCACCAAGACUGAGGAGCGGCAGUCGCCCUUCGCCCGCCUGUCCUCGGCGUUUGCACUAGACAAGCCUGCCGAGCCAGAAGACGACAAGGCCGAGUCGUCGAUCGGCAAGCUCGCCGAGCUGGCCAUACCUGAGAAACGGACGCUCGCAACGGCGGUCGGCCUUCUCGUGGUCUCGUCUUCCGUGUCCAUGCUCGUGCCCCUAACUAUUGGCAAGUUGAUUGACUUUUUCUCCUCCAACGCCUCGACAUUCUUUGGGAUGAGCUUCCCCGUCGCAGCGACGCUGCUCACCAUCGCUUUCUUUGUUGGUGCGGCUGCAAACGCCGGACGCGUAUACCUCAUGCGUACGGCGGGACAGCGCAUCAUUGCACGCAUUCGUAACCGAGCAUACCUCUCCACUUUACGACAGGAGCCCGAGUUCGCCGACCGCUCGGCUGGCGACAUUGUCUCGCGCCUCAAUGCCGACGCCAACAUCCUAGGCGAUAGCGUGACCUCGAACCUCUCGGACGGACUGCGUGCCAUCAUCUCAGCGACGGUCGGCGUGUGCGCCAUGUUUUGGAUCUCAAGCAAGCUCACGCUUGUCAUGCUCUGCGUCGUGCCUCCCAUCUCACUCGGUGCUGUCUUCUACGGUCGAUACCUCCGCAAAUUGUCCAACCUCACGCAGGAGAGCCUAGGCGAGAUGUCCAAGACGGCCGAGGAGAAGCUCAACGCCUUCAAGACCGUCACGGCGUACAACGCCCAGGGUCUCGAGGGUCGCGUGUUUUCCAACAACGUCGAGACCGUGUUCAAUCUCGCGCGCAAAGAGGCGGGCGCGUCGGCCAUCUUCUUCGGCAUGACGGGUCUCACUGGCAACCUCGCAAUGUUGUGUCUCCUGACGUACGGUGGUCACCUCGUGUCUAGCGGAGCCAUCACCGUCGGCGACUUGACAUCUCUGCUCAUCUACAGCGGAUAUGUUGGCAGUUCAGUGUCGGGGCUCACGAGCUUCUUCAGCGGUAUUAUGAAGGGUGUCGGUGCCGGCCAGCGCGUGUUCUACCUCCUCGACCGACAGUCAGCCAUCCCUCUGGGUGUGGGCCAGACUCUCAGUCCAAACCGUGAGGGGCCUAUCUCCUUCAACGACGUCCGCUUCACGUAUCCGUCUCGCAAGGAGGUCGAGGUGCUCAAAGGCAUCAACCUGAUCGUCCAGCCCGGCACGAGUGUCGCUCUCGUCGGCACGUCGGGGAGCGGCAAGUCGUCCAUUCUCACCCUGCUGGACCGCUUCUACGACCCUAACCACGGCACCAUCUCGUACGACGGCUCCGACAUCCGGAACUUUACGCCCGAGUCAUGGCGCGAUCGCAUCGGCGUCGUGUUCCAGGACCCUGUGUUGUUCGCUGGCACAGUUCACGACAACAUUGCGUACGGCGCGCCCGGUGUUACCCGCCAGGACGUCGAGGAGGCGGCACGUGCCGCCAACUGCGAGUUUAUCUGGGACCUACCACAGGGUUUCGACACGCCAAUCGGCAAGUCGAGCCUGUCUGGCGGACAGAGGCAGCGGAUUAGCAUCGCGCGUGCGCUUGUCCGGCGUCCCGCGAUCCUCCUCCUCGACGAGGCGACGAGCGCACUCGACUCCAAGUCCGAGGACGCGGUCAAUGCCGCGAUUGACCGCAUUAUCCACUCGCACCACAUCACCGUCAUCUUGGCCGCGCACCGUCUGAGCAGUAUUGCUCGCGCCGAGCGCGUCGUCGUGCUCGAGAACGGCGUCAUCUCGGAGCAGGGCCGCUACGACGUGUUGAGCAGGACAGAGGGUAGCCGCUUCCGCAAGCUCAUGGCCGCACAGCUGCUGCUCGAGCAGGAGGCCAACAAGCAUUAG